GAAUGCAGUGCCCAAGCACCGACGAUCGGGGCUGUUUUGGCAGGGUCAGCGCCCUCGGAGGUGAGGCGGGAUGGGACCCGGCCCCGGAGCCGCCGGGCAGAGCCGGAGCGAUGCUUCCCCCGGCGCCGGUGCCACCGCCCGCAGCCGCAGCCGGGAGCGCCCCUCGGGGCUGCCUGAGACGGGGAGAACUCAGCUGCUCUUACUGGGAAGUUCUUCGGCGCUCACCGCCGGGGAACUGAACGUUCACAGGGGAAUUUCCCUGCCUUUCCCCUUGCCAGAAAACGAUUUCUCACCAGCCCCCUGUAAAACUUAGAGAGCUUUGAAAAACCGUGCGAAUCCCGCUCUCCUCCUUCCUCCGCACAGGUUCCUGAUCCCGGCGCUCGGAAGCCCUCGGUGCGAUGCCAUCCUGCCACGUGCCGAGUUUGAGGCAUCCGCCCAAGUGGAUGCUCCCCCCUCUCCUCCUCUUGCUGGCCGAGCUCGCCUGCGAUGCCCAGCCCACGUACCAGUGGAAGGAUGCUGCGACGGGCGAGAGGAUCACAUGCCAGCAGUGCCCGCCGGGGACCUUCGUGGCACAGCACUGCUCCAGGGACAGAGCCACGCUGUGCGAGCCCUGCCCGGAUUUGCACUACACUCAGUACUGGAACUACCUGGAGAAGUGCCGCUACUGCAACGUCAUCUGCGGGGAGCGGCAGGUGGAGGUGCAGCAGUGCAACGCCACGCACAACCGCGCCUGCCAGUGCCAGCAGGGCUACUACUCCAACAUGGAGCUCUGCCUCCGGCACUCCGAGUGCCCGCCGGGCUCCGGGGCCCUGAGGCCGGGUACCCCCUUUGAGGACACCCAGUGCCAUGACUGCCCCCACGGCUUCUUCUCCUCCCAGUCCAGCACCAGUCCAUGCCAGCCACACCAGGACUGUGAGCAGCAGGGCAAGGUGACCAACGUGCAGGGCAACAAGUACCACGACACCCUCUGCAUGUCCUGCAGGCCAGGGAGAGGCAACAGCACACAGGAAUCAGCUGCAGAAGAUGACGACUGCGCUCAGGCCAUGAUAGACUUUGUGGUGUAUCAGAACAUCCCCGUCAAGAAGCUGAAGCGCCUGCAGCAGCUCCUGGAGCGCUCACCAAAGAAGCAGGCAGCAUGGACCAGGGCAGCCAUCCAGGAGAAAUUCCGGGCUUUCCUCACUCACAAGAAGCAGGAGGACUCUGAAGUCACCAAGGAGCUGCUGGUCGCGCUGCGCGUGGUCAAGCUCCACUCCAUCGAGGAGAAAGUCCGUGAGCGCUUCCUGAGAGCAUGAACUGGACUUUUUGGGUGCUCUUUGUCUUGGUUUUUGUCUUCUGAGGCUUCAUUAAUUUAUUCAUCUUUCCAGACAUAACUUGAAAAGUAGCGUGAGAGAUGAGCGAUGGAGUGGCCUCGUGCCACGGCAGCUGUGUCACUGCUGAUGGAUGGGAUGGGAUGGGAUGGGAUGGGAUGGGAUGGGAUGGGGUGGAAUAGGAUAAAAUGUGUGAGCAGCAGCAGCAGCAUCCCCUUGCCAGAGGCUGGGGCAGCUCCUGGGAGCUCACCAGGUGUUGGCCACUGAUUUUCCAGCCCUCAGCAAGAGUCAAUAUUUUAUCAGAAGGAAAACCUGCAUUGAGGGUCAUUAUUUCUGGGGAAGAACAUGGUCCCCUAUAUAGAAAACUGUUUGGCUUUGUUUUAAACUGUGUAAGUUUGGGCUUGUUGGGGGUUUUAGUCAUUUAACAGUAUUUCCCACUGAGGAUUUGCUUGCGAUUUUUGUCAUGCUUUUGUUUGAGAAGAGAGUUUGCUGCUGAGGCACAGGAAAGGGGAGGAUGCCCCAAACUCACUGGUACAGGUUGCUUGAAAUUUAUUUCUUAACUACCUGUUUUUAUACCUGUUUUCUAAAGAAAGAAACCAAAGAAGUUAUUUUAUAGUACAA